AUGGGUAUACAAAAUUGGACCUAUAGCCAUAUGGGCAAUGGCACUGGCCCUGAAUUACUGGCCAUAUUUGAGAAGGUCAUCGUCGCCCUCGCAGCACCAUACAACGUGGAAGUCCAAUUCGUCAUGUCUCCGCGAAUAUCCCAUUGCUAUUCAUCACUCAUGGCCAUCAAUGACACUGACGCGGUGAUUAGCGCUUUAUAUGGUUCGAGACCGACUACACGCUGUGAAGGUGGAGCAUUUAAACUGAGCUCGUCUACAUCAAUCCUGCUAGUGCGGGAUCAGGCACAUGGAUUCUACUCCGGUUUGCACAAUAUUGACUCAAUCCAUGAGACGGUUUCACGACCAUCAUAUUUCAGCAAAAAGGUAUUCAAGGAGAUCAUCACCUUCUCACUUGCACCCUCCCACGAGACUUGGGGCUCUGAAACUCACAUCACGACCGUCACGCUAGUGUACAAGUUCCAUCUCUUCGACCGACUAUUCAACUUGUCGGCGCGGAAGUGGCGGAAAUCAUACUGCGCGGGUAUCCAUUACGCGAGAAUCUUGUUGGAUUUGUCGUCGAAACUCGGUGAUCUGCACAAAAACCCCUAG